AUGGUUGAUAACAACUGGGGCCAUAUUCCGGCUCCAUCUUCAUCAGUAUCAACUGGGUCGUUGAAGACCAAAAUUUCACUCAAAGCUGGGUCGAGUUACACCGUGGUAUCUCCCUUUUAUACCAUGAAACCAGAGUUGCCCUUGAAAACUCCUAUGUUAGGAAAUGUAGAUUUGUUAGAAGCUUAUGAUCUCGGUCCCUCAUACUCCAAAUACUGUCUUUCACGUAAAACCAAAGGUGAUCUUUCUUCGUUCCUUCCUCAUAUUUAUGGAAACUUCAACAUGGCUCAAGCUCAAGAGAUCAGUUCCCUCAAACACUUAGUUGAAAAACCUCCCAUCAGCAAAGAAGUUCAUGUGCUAACAUCGAACGCCAUGAUUGGUUUCCGCUUAGCAACAGGAGCUGUGGACGAUAGAUAUCGGCAUUUAUUCGAUCGUAAGAAAGAUCAAGAUUCUGAAGUUGAGAAGCGAGACUUUGCGUUCCGUUACAAGCCUGUGGAACCUAUGACUUCUGAUAAGCUCGAUGCUAGAUUAACAUUGUCAGGGGACGAUUAUGAGCGACGUAAGCACAAGAGUGAGAAGAAGGAAAAGAAGAAGAAGAAAGACAAAAAGAAGAAGGAUAAAAAGGAUGAAGAUCGUAAACACAAGAAAGAUUAUUGA